GCCAAUUGUACCCAUUCGACGGCUUCAAGAUGCCAAUUACUUUCACACGAUGUGGAAGUGCUCUUCAUCGGGUAGUGGCAAGGAGCGCGUACUCACCAUGCGCUGCUCGCUCUUAUAGCAACUAUGUCUUCCAAGAGAAUGACAUUGUCCUCGUUCAGAAAAAAACCGACGCCUCCGCCAAGCAGAUCCUCUCCAAGCCCCUACGGCCGGGGAGGCGCGUGAACACCACCACCGGCCACAUCGAUCAUGAAUCCAUUAUCGGGCUCUCUCCGCGCGCGGUCGUCGCGGCUGGGAAGGGGGAAUACAGGAUAUAUAAGCCUACGUUGGGAGAGUAUACAAAUUUGACGGCACGGAUUGUCACGCCUGUCUAUCCCGCAGACGCGAACCUAAUAGUCUCCCUCCUCGACCUCAACCCCACCGUCCCCGACCCUUCCUCCUCGUCACCCUCUCCCCCACUCGAAAUCUUCGAAGCAGGCACCGGCCACGGCGCACUUACCCUCCACCUCGCCCGCGCCAUCCACGCCGCCAACCCAGCCCCACCUCCCAUUCCCUCCCCCCCGCGUCCCGCCCCAGCGCCAGACUCUGAGGAAGGCACCUCCUCCGACUUAGUAGACGCCGAACACCAGGCUGCGGUCGACAAAUGGGAAGCCUACAAACCCACCCGCCGCGCCGUGAUAACCACCCUCGACGUGAGCGCCCGCCACAGCGCACACGCCAAGACCGUCGUUGCUGGUUGGCGAAAGGGGAUGUACGCGCACUCUGUCGAUUUCCACGUCGGUUCCAUUCCGGAAUAUAUCGCAUCGCGUCUUGCUACCUCACCGGAGCCGUUCCUCGACCACACCAUCUUAGACUUACCAGAUUGCCAUCUGUAUCUUGAGACUAUCUCGCAGGCGCUGAAGGAAGACGGCACGGUGCUGGUGUUUUGUCCGAGUAUCACGCAGGUUAUUGCGUGUGUUAAGCAGGCGAAGAAAGAGGUCUUGCCAUUGGUUCUAGAGUCGACGUUGGAGAUUGGUCAAGCGGCUGGAGUGGGGGGUCGGGUGUGGGAUGUUAGAGCUGUGAGGGCCAGGUCGUUUGUUAGGGCUGAGGCGGAGAAGGUGGAGGGUGCUGAAGAGGCUGUCGAGAGUGGGACGGAGGGGAGUGAGGCAGCGGCAGAGACAAUUGCUGAAACCACACCGAAAGAAGCUAAGCCUCUUAAACCCGAGGGUGAUGGGUGGAACAUGGUCUGCCGUCCUAAAGUGGGAGACAGGGUUGUGGGAGGCGGGUUUGUGGGCGUUUUCAGACGGGUUGUCAAGUAAGAUGUUAUAAUUGUAUGUAUCAGAUGUGAGGAUAAGUGUAUUAUAGUUCUGUAUAUUAAAGCAUCCAAUUGUAUGAUUAUCGAAGCAUGGG